UUGAGAAUUUGUACCGCAAGCGAUUGAUCAUGUGCAUAAAACGUCAACAACUGAUUUUAUGGUUAGUGGAUGAAGUUGAAUCAAUAUUUGGAUCAUCAAUGGUUCUGCAAUUCUUAGUCAUGGCCUGGAUCAUCUGUAUGACCGUUUACAAAAUAAUUGGCUUGAAGGUAAUGUCAAUGGAGUUUGUUACAAUGUUUUUGUAUUUGGGCUGUGUAUUGCUACAAUUAUUUAUCUUUUGCUACUACGGAACACAACUUAAAUAUGAGAGUGAAUUUGUGAAUCAAUCUAUCUACGAGUCCGAUUGGCCGGCGGUGUCGCCGCGGCUGCGUCGGCCGCUGCUCAUCAUGAUGGAGCGCUGCUACCGGCCAAUUGCACCCUGCAUAGCAUACAUCGUUCCCAUGUCGCUCGAUACUUUUAUAUCUAUAGUGAAAUCAGCAUAUUCUUUAUACACAUUUUUGGACCAGAGUUAA